AGUGACCUCCUUGUACAUGUAUACUUCACGAACUCAAUUAGUAUUGUUAAGUGACAUCUGAUUUGUUCUGAUCACAAAAAUGGCGACUCUCAACUCUUUUAUAUUGUUAACUCUGAUCAUAGCUGUAUCAGCUGAUAAUAAUAUAAAUACAUCAAACACCGUCGAAACUCCAACUUGGACUACUAAUACUACACUAAGAACAACAGCAACAACUACACCUGGAAUUAUUAUGUCUACUAUAAUAACUACCCAAGCUGAACCAUCAGACUCCAAAGAACCAGAAACAACCGUAGCAACUGCGACACUACCAUCGAAAGAAGAAAAACCAGAAGAUGUCGACGCUCCACAAUCAACAACUACUGAAGAUACAAAAACACCAACAGUUACGCAACAGGAAGCAAUUGAUAACGAAGAAACAGCUACAUGCGCUCUAGAUCAACCUCACAUAGAAGCUUCAACUAAGGAAACCACAACAACUAAGAAAACUACCACUAAAGAAACAACUCCUAAUGCAUCUACAUCUAACGGACCUAUCCCCAAGGAAACAACUUCAAAGGAAUCACCAACUGUAGAGCCAACUCCUCCCAAGGAAACUACCCCUUCCGUGACAGAACCACCCCGGAAACCCUCCCUGAUGCACCGGAUGAAAUUCCACGGCCAACACAACCACCUGACGUCCAUCGAAGAGACGCAUUCUGAAGAAGAGAAGCCGCAGGGCCCCAUCCCCUGCACCUGCGGGGUGUUCCUGAGCGGGCAGUUCAAGCGGGGGUCGAAGGAGCAGCCGAAAGGGGUGCCGGUGCUGACGCAGGAAAUGGACACCCCUUUCAUGAACAACGCGAUGGGCAAUCGGCAGUGCACGAACAAGUGUCUGGAGCUGAUAAUCAAACACCUGCCGAAGAGCGGCGAGAUCAUUUGCGCCACGGUCGAUAGGGAGCACGUCUUCAAAGAAAGAGCCUAUCUGUUCAUCAAGAACCACAGUGACAAAUGGCACGGAACCAAUUUGUCCGCCGGAAGAGAGUUUUGCUGCAGGGAUAAUGAGCCGUACAAGUGUCCUGUCAACUAGGAAAUCGAAAAUAUUGCUUGAAUAUUCAUUCGAAUGAAGACUAUUUAUAAUGAUUUUUAUAUACUUUUAUAUUUAAAUU